GAAGCGAUCGAGAUCGGCGCACUUUAGCAUCGGGUACUUUUUUAAAGGGGAAAGCAAAGAAUCUCAUCGUUGGAUAUAAAUUUAUCAGGUCUUUAUUCUGUCGAUCAUCGGAUCGAUCGAUCGUUGUCGGUGUUUGAAGAAGGAAGAGGAAGCGAACGAAGGCCUUAGAUCGGCGACGGUCAGAUCCAGGUACUGAAACCCUAGUUUUCGAUUUCUGUAUGUUUUUAGGUUGUUUUCUCGUCGGAUGGACACGGCUAGGGUUCUACCACUCCGAUCCCCAUGGGAGAAAGGCAGGAUUCUAUUGGAUUUGGGCCUGGAUUUGGAUCUCAGUGGACAGGGACAGGUUAAAGGACGAGGGAUGACGAAAUUAGGGCUUGAUCGGUCCAUUUUAGGGAUCUUUACAGGUUUUUGAAGAAAUUGAAGAUCUGAGGGUGAAAGCUGUGUUUUUUGUGGAGAUCCAUGGUUUUGACUUCAGAUUCGUUCAUUGUUCGGGAUGAAGAGUCCUGUUGCCUCUGUAUUCUUGAUCUCUAGGUCUUGGAUGGGGAUGGAUCUGAUGCUCGCAUCUCUAGGAAGAAUUAGGGCUUGCAGGUUUCUGACUCUUUGUUUGGAUGGGGUUUUGGCUUCAGAUUCGUUCAUUAUUCGAGACGAAGAGUCCUGUUGCCUCUGUGUUCUAAUGAUUCUCUAGAAAUAAUUAGGGUUUGCAGGUUGAUGACCUUUUGUUUGGAUUAUUCAUCUUCCACAUCUUCCUCCUGUUGCUGUCGGGAUAAUGGAAUUUGCUGGAUACUUUCAACUUUAGGCUUUAGGCCAUCUGUGAUACUGCUCAUCUUCUUUUAGAGGAGAUCAGCUGAUUUCAUGCCUUGGAGAGAAUUUUGCUGAACAUUGGUAUUAUAUUUACAUAGAUCAUCUUGAUCCUCGUCGAAUCUUCGUCCUGCUGCUAUCGGCAAUUUUUGCUGAAUAUUUGCACCACUGAACCUCUAUAUUCACAUAGGCCAUCAGAUCCUGGUGAUCUGGAUAUCUUGAAGUUGUAGAUCCAAUGAGUCAUGUCAAAAGGAAGGGUUAUCAAAUUUCUGGUUAGAUUUUUAGAAGAGGAGGGCACACUAGGGGACUGGUCUUUGGGCAGCACUCCUGAUGGAUAUUAUGGAUGGAAGAACCCUUGCCUACUUUUUUUUCAUGGUCAUUGUCCUCUGCCAGUGCUUCGAGGAACUUUGCUAUAUUUGUGCUGUUUGUGUUGAUUGAAGUUUUACAUUAUUAUGUUAGGCUUUUGGAUCUGACAAGGUGACUGCAUUGAGUUCCUUAUUUCAAAGUGUCAGAAAGAUGUUAAGGAGUUUGAAUCAAUGAUCCAUUUCUGUUCUUGUACCAAAAGCUCUUCCUCUCCUCUUGAGAAUCCUAAGCUGCAACAAAGCUUGAGGACUUGCAAGAUCUGCGGUGGCAAACUACCGGUUGAUGGGCGAGGUGCCCAGCAAGGAAGCAUGCUAAGCAACACAGGGUUGGAACUAUCAAGAGUUAUUGAUCCCCACUUGACCUGGAAGACGGCCUCAAAUGGCAGACAGAGGGCUGUAAGAAGAGCAAGAACUUCAUUUACAGGGGUUAUUAGAAAGAAGUCUCCUGCAAGAAAGUUGAAAGUGGGCAAGGAUCUUGGAGAGAAAGAUUCAUUUACAGGGGCCAGUGGAAAGAAAUCUCCUGUAAGAAGGUUCAAAAAGAGCAAGGAUCUUCGUGAUAAAGAUUCAAAGAGCACUGAAGACAUGCGGGUUUCGGAAUCUGAGAAGGUUGGUGUAAGCAUUCUUGGAAGGCGUUUCAGUGAUACCUUAGGCAGUGUUCCUUAUAAGAAAAGGCUGGUUCUGCUACCUAAUUCUCCAUCUCCUCCACACAAUUCGUCCUCAUAUUCUGAUGAUUCAAGUCACAUUCUGGAAAGACAGGCUGUUUCAUGUCAAGGCUCUGUUGAAAAUUCGAAACCACAUACUCUUGAUAGGAACGUGGGUUCUGUAUCAGUAUUCGGUCAAGAAAGAAAAUCUGGGUUUGAGAACACAGAUUUUGAUAUGGUAAGUGAGAAGAUUUGUAAUGGUGCAGAUUUUUCGGGUAUAUCCAUAUUGGCUGCUGCUGCUUGUGACAGUAACAUUUUCAUAAAUGUUGAUCCUUCACAUUCCAAAGUGCAUCCUUCACAAGUCCAAGAAGUUCCAAAAGAGAAUGACACACCACCUCAGACCUCUGAAGAUUUGGUUGGCAGAACUGAUUUACCUUUUGAAAUAUCUUCUUCCACAGCCUUGCCUAAUAAGGAAUCAAAUGAAGUUAAGUCUGACGGAUCAUCCAAUCUAGGGGCCUCUGUGAACUCCUUCCGACAAAAUGUGCCAAAUAAAAACAUGGAGUCUUCAUCUCCUGAUGUUAAGUUUCACUGGGACCUCAAUAUGGAUGCAUGUGAAAGUCACGAAGAAGUUUCUAAUCCUGACCAAGCGACUACUAAAUGUGCAAAUAUUGAUGCUGAUCACAAUGAAAAACUGGGUACUGCGGAAUGUUUUAUGGAUCAGGUAGGUUUUGUUGAUACCAAAAGUAUGCCAAUGGAUUCAGAAAUUGUUGAUAGCAGGGAUGUUCAGUGUGGUGGUGAUCGAAAUGUUGCUUGUGCGUCAGAUGCGAAGCAAGAAGAAAAACCUGAUGUUUCUAGUGAUAAUUCAGCCUCAGAUUCUAAGGAAAGGAAGCCUUUCCUUUCUAAUCGUGGAGGUACCUCACCUGAGGAUAAACAUUUCAGCGAUACUCAAAUUAGCGUGGCAGAUUUUUGUGAAGAAACUGACUCUUUGGUUGAUAAGAGUAAGAAAUGUUCAAUUUCUGCAGAUUUCAAUCCUGCAGUCAGAGAUGCUGCAGUUUCUUCUGGUCCUGUACCAUGUUCUUCUUUGUCUUCUGGUGCUUACUUAGAUAAAGAAAAACGCGAAGCUUAUUGUGUUAACUUGCACGCAAAGUUGGAAUCUAAAACGAGGCCAUCUUGUCUGGUUUCAUGUGAUAAUACUAUCCAUCCUUCUGAUGACUCUGGAGCAUAUCUUGGAGUGGAUGGGAUACCUGCUGAAGCUGGAGCUGAUGUUGCAAUGGCAGAGAUUAGUCACACCAGAAGCCCGCAGGCUGUGAAGCAUGAAUCGUCAUUUGUUGAUUCAGGGACUAUUAAGAUUGAAGGGAACUCAUCUAUUUAUCAGGAUUCUGAAAAAGGUAUUGAGGUGCUGACUGAUGCAAAAAUAUGUCAAGAUAUGGUGGUUGAAAAUGUCAUGUCUGGUGCGAGAGUACAGAUGGGUUCUUUAGAUGGAACUGACAGUGCUAAUGUUGAUAAGUCCCAAGAAAAGGACAUCAGUCAAUGUGAGAAAACAUCUGUGGGAAUGGUGAUUGACAAUAUUGACGCACAUGAGGAAGGUAUGGACAUUACUAAAACCAACACAAUCUUGAGUUCUGAAGACACUUGCAAAACAAACACAGACUCUCGGAGUAAUCCUGGUCAAGUUACUUCACAAAAUCGUCUUCAAUGCAACUCUCAUUCAGAUGCAUCUCUGAAUGAUGUUGAUCAGGCACCUGGGAUGGAAAAAGUUGAGUUUCUUGGUGAUGAUGACUCUCAGUAUGAGGAUGGGGAGUUUAGAGAAUCACUAGCAAAUUGUUGGCUAGAUGAUGGAGCAGAAGAAGGGGAGACUGAACAUGUGGAUUAUGGGUCCGAUAGAGAUGCAGACAUCUGUGAAGCCGCUUCAAAAUUCUCUUCUGCUAAUCUGCAUGUCAACAAUGUAGUGUUGCCAGAUGUUGUUCCUGAUAUUCCAAAUCAAGAGGUGGGGAAGGAUGUACAGAAUACUAGAUCCUUUCAGAAUCGUUCCUUAUUAGCAAAUGUUAAAGAUGCUGGUUCUGGGAAGAGGGAUGCUGGUCCUGGGAAGAGGAAUGCUGGGUAUGCCUCAGAAGGUAAUGGUUCUGGAGGCAAUGGGUUUGUUAAAGAAGCUGAUAAUGUCACCAGAGCAGGCCAUUCAACUUGUUUUAGGAAGAUGUCUGGAUGGGAUCGGUUGCCUGGAGGUUGUAGAACUUCUGGCAAUGGAAUCAUGGACUCCAGAGUUGGGUCAACUAGCCAUAAUCGAACUGAUAAUUCUUCAUAUCCAUCGCGUGCUGGUGAUUCUAUCAACAGAUCAUCUUUCAGAAGGGAUUUAUCAUCUCGAAUUGACAAGAUGCAGUCAUCUGAUGUGUCCUACAGAAAUGAGAAACCCUACAGACCAAGCAGGUCCAAUGACUGCAAUGGAUAUAGUCCACGAGUUGAAAGGGAUAGAGAUGGUCCUCGUUCGAUUGGAAGAAGUGGACCGCCUCCGCAUUUGCAAGGUAGGGGAAGGGGAGAUCAAUGGGUUGAUUCUUCUAACCAUCACAGCAGCAGUCGACAUGAUACAUCUGGUUACUAUCGUUCAGCUAGUUUCUUGCAUCACAGUUCAAGAAACGCAGCUGCAGCUGCUGUUGCCAAGGUUGAGAGCAAUGGCUUUGUUGUUGCACCCGAUGGCACAAUAGUUAAAGCUAGUGCUGCCGGCCAUUUAAGUCGGCAAUCUUCAACCCCUUCCUCCAAAACAGCCUCACAACGAGGCCAUUCAAGAGAUAUGAGCCCAGAUAGGCCUGUGUUCGCAGAUCGACGUAAGGGUGGUAGAUUUGGUCCACCAAUGGAUGGUGGAAGUCAUAGGGAGAGGUAUCAUGGACCAACACCUGCUGAUAUCAUAGAUUCACCUUCGUCGAUGCAUCAAAGGCCAUCUAGGAGAGAUCACAGUUUUUCUCCCCCUCAUAGAAGGCCUUUGCGUCUAUCUCGGUCACACUCCAGAUCACCGUCACGAUCCAGAACUCGCUCUCCCCAUCGGUGGGCAUCUCCUCGGGGCAGAAUUGACAGCGGAGUAAAUGGCGCUCCUGGCUUUCGGCAGCGUAGCAGAUCGCCAAAUUAUAAGCCUGAAGCUAGGAUGGAUAGGCCACGAGCUUAUGUUUCGAUGACCAGAAAUCAUAAUUCACCGCCACGUGCUUCGAGAUGGAUUGAUGGAAGGAAGGAAGAGCCAGAGCACUUUAGAAACUGUGAAUACAGACGAGGUCCAGGAAGAAGUCCACCUCCGAGAGUUUUCUCACGAGGCCAUAGAUUUGAUUUGAUGAAUUCCCUUGGAAGACUGAAGUCAGAUGAGUAUCGUCACCCAACAAACACCGGAAGGUUCCCUGAAUUUGGGUGUUUUGGCAGAGGAUCCGGAUAUGAUAGAAAGGGUGAUGAUAGAAGGGAGAAUGGUGACAGAUAUGAAAUGCUUCGUUCUGGAAAGCAGUAUGUUAAUGAUGGCAGUAUGAAGCGGUUGCAUUAUGAUGAUGAAAGCAGCUUCAUGGCUCAGAAUCCACGACCUAGGUCCUCGGAAUUUCAGCGAAGGCAGAGCCCAAGGGCUUUUGUCAGGGGUAGUGAGAGACAAAUUGGGGAUUCACCUCGGAGACCUCAAGAAGAAGAAAAAAGCCAUCUUGAAAAUGGCAGUAAUGGAAAUCACAACGCCAACUUCAAGUCAUUUGGCCUUCAGGAUAGUGAUGAUAAUGUGGGUGCACAGAGAAGACCUUUAUGACUACAAUUUACAGAUUAUCCAUCCGUAUGCUAAUUUGGGAUGCUGAACCUAAUGAUUUUUUUGUCCUCAUAGGGAAGGCAUCAUAAUUAUUCAACUUCUACUGCUAGUGCUUGUAAAAAUUUUACAUUAUUAUUAGGGCUGCAAAUUUUUGUUGGGGUUUAAAGUUUUUCUUUUCCCUUUUUUUUCAUAUUUUAUUUUAUUUUACUUUCAUUGCGGGAUAACUCAAAAUAGGAUGCGAUCUUUGUACGUGGCCAUCAAGUAAUGAUCAUUUAAUGAAUCUUGAUUUUUUUUGGCUUUAA